AUGGGCCGCUGGCAGCCCUAUCUCUACAAUGCGACCCCAAGGGACUCUUUCACGGACACGGCGGAGACAAUCUUCAACCCCAAGGCCGUCACCAUGGCGAGCCGUCAGCCGCCCUCACCACCCAAGAAGAAGCCCAAUGGCCCUUUGAUCAACUUCAACCAGCAUCCAGACAGCUACCUGAUCCUUCCCUAUGGCAAAACCAACGCUAAGCCGAUGAGCCCGAAGGUUAAGACGAUCAUCACGUAUAUGCGAUGGAUACAGCUCUUCUUCCGGAUAUUUACCCUCUUCGGCGCCGUGGGAGUGCUGCUGUGUGGCAUUUUCAUCAAGGGAGCUCAGAAUACCGAAGGGUACAUAAUGAGGAUUCCACCUGGCAUCGAUAUUGUAGUCAUCCUUUAUGCCAUCUACCAUCUCCUCCGGGCUGCAAAAGCACGACCUCCGGCCAGCUCUGCCAGCUACCACUUCUUUGCCUUGGUCACCGACGCUGGAUUCAUACCUUUCUACGUCUUCACCGCACUACUCUCGAGGCGUAAUCUCAACCAGGAAGCUGGAACAAGCGGGCGGUGGCGGACUUUCUUCCCCACCGACGAGGAGACGAACAAGGUGUUGCAGACAGCAUGGCUCACGGCGACCAGUGUGGCGGGCCUGCAUUGCGCGUCGCUAUUCUUGGAUCUGUACCUUGUGCUUAUUUUCAGGAAGAUCGCUCGUCUUCCUCCGGAUAUGAACCCACUUGAGGAAAACUUGACGUCUCGGCGCAAGAUGAAGCACAAGCACAAGAACUCUUCCAUCUCCGCGAUCACCCCUCUCACUCAGGACGAGAAGCGCUUCAGCGCCCAAAGUUCGAACACGAACAUCACUGGCAACAGGAACUCCCAAGCCGACACCUUAAUUGCCCAUGAGAUACCCUCUCCGGAGCGCAAGACGAUGUCUUUUAUGCAUACGCGGACAAACUCGGACAUGGCUUACUCGCCUCAUACCCCAAAUUCGGCCCGACAAUCACGAGAGAGGUUCUCCAUGUACUCCCAGCCUCCUUCUGCUCGGCAUUCGCGCGCCGACCUGAACCGUCGAGAGGACCUGCACCGCAGAGACGAAGACGACAAUGAAACACUGGCCCAACGGAAGUCAUUCCUCGCGCAACAGGCCAUCAAGAGAGCGUCCAGGCCCAACUCUUUCGUUACAAACUCGUCCAAGCAAGACUUCUACACUCCUCCCACCACUGCCGAGAAACAAGAUACGGCCGGCGAUAUCUCCCUUCAGAACAAUCGCGAGGCCCUGCAGUCCGAUAACUGGUUCGUCCACGAGGGACAAGACGACACGGAGGAUGAGCGUUAUGCAGCGCCCAAACCAUCUCUUUUCCCCUCCAAGAAACAGGGUUAUAACACUGUCUCGAUGGAUGACGACGUCUCAGAUGAUGACUUCGAUCCUCCGAUGAUGCCUCAACCUCUCCGGAUGAACCCUCCCACCCCACCGCCCACGAAAUCCUUCCAUGAAGCUAGGAGCACACCGCCUUCUAAGCUGACGAGGAAUCAGACGAUAACCUCGUUGUCCAGCGAGGCGACGUUCAGCCGGUCUCCUACACGCGCUUCGGCCAAGUCACGGUACUAUGGAGAUCUGAAGGCAGCUACCCAGGGGAUCCGAGGGGGUUCGCCAGCUAACUCGCCUGGUGCGUCACCCACCAAGAGUGGGUUUACGCCAAACAGCCUGCCUAGCUCGGCGAGGCAAUACACGACGAACUCGCCCGCUGCACCCAAAAUCCAGAAUGUCCCGUUCAGCUUGGACAAGAAGUCGUUCGCAAGUGUACGGAAGACGGGCGAAACAGGCUAUAUUCCUGUGAAGGGACAUUCUCCUCGGGUUAUCAGUAGGUCGGGAGUUGAUUAUGAAGGGGGCUCAUACUUUGACGAUUCGGACCUGGGGACACCAGGACGAAGACGCGACGUCAGCGGAAAGAUUGCAGAAGAAGGCCGUGGCGGAGUGGCAGAUCUCGCUAGCCGAUGGGGUGGCAUGAAGGACCAUGGGCUGACGUACAGAAAGGUGAGUGGUGUGGCAUAG